GAAGUCGAGCGAGAGGGAGGUGCUUCGCGGCUUCUCCUGCCGGGGGAGGUCUCGGCUUCCCGUGGAGUCUCCCGACCAAGCCCCUUCACCUUCUCCCUCCGGAUCGAUGUGCUGCUGUUAACCCGUGAGGAGGCGGCGGCGGCGGAAGAUGGUGUUGCUGAGAGUGUUAAUUCUGCUCUCCUGGGCGGCGGGGCUGGGAGGUCAGUAUGGAAAUCCUUUAACUAAAUACAUUAGACAUUAUGAAGGAUUAUCUUAUGAUGUGGAUUCAUUACACCAGAAACACCAGCGUGCCAAAAGAGCAAUUUCACACGAGGACCAGUUUUUACGUCUAGAUUUCCAUGCCCAUGGAAGACAUUUCAACCUGCGAAUGAAGAGGGACACUUCCCUUUUUAGUGAUGAAUUUAAAGUAGAAAUAUCAAAUAAAGUACUUGAUUAUGAUCCCUCUCAUAUUUACACUGGACAUAUUUAUGGUGAAGAAGGAAGUUUUAGCCAUGGGUCUGUUAUUGAUGGAAGAUUUGAAGGUUUCAUCCAGACUCAUAGUGGCACAUUUUAUGUUGAGCCAGCAGAGAGAUAUAUUAAAGACCGAACUCUGCCAUUUCACUCUGUCAUUUAUCAUGAAGAUGAUAUUAACUAUCCCCAUAAAUAUGGUCCACAGGGGGGCUGUGCAGAUCAUUCAGUAUUUGAAAGGAUGAGGAAAUACCAGAUGACUGGUGUAGAGGUAGCAACACAGACACUUAAAGAAGAACAUGCUGUUAAUGGUCCGGAACUCUUGAGGAAAAAACGUACAACUUUAGCUGAAAAAAAUACUUGUCAGCUUUAUAUUCAAACUGAUCAUCUGUUCUUUAAAUAUUAUGGAACACGAGAAGCUGUGAUUGCCCAGAUAUCCAGUCAUGUUAAAGCGAUUGAUACAAUUUAUCAGACCACAGACUUUUCGGGAAUCCGUAACAUCAGUUUCAUGGUGAAACGCAUAAGGAUCAAUACAACUGCUGAUGAGAAGGACCCCACAAAUCCCUUCCGUUUUCCAAAUAUUGGUGUGGAGAAGUUCCUGGAAUUGAAUUCUGAGCAGAAUCAUGAUGACUACUGUUUGGCCUAUGUCUUCACAGACCGAGAUUUUGAUGAUGGUGUUCUUGGUCUGGCUUGGGUUGGAGCACCUUCAGGAAGCUCUGGAGGAAUAUGUGAAAAAAGUAAGCUCUAUUCAGAUGGUAAGAAGAAGUCCUUAAACACUGGAAUUAUUACUGUUCAGAACUAUGGGUCUCAUGUACCCCCCAAAGUAUCUCACAUUACUUUUGCUCAUGAAGUUGGACAUAACUUUGGAUCUCCACAUGAUUCUGGAACAGAGUGCACUCCAGGAGAAUCUAAGAAUUUGGGACAAAAAGAAAAUGGCAAUUAUAUCAUGUAUGCAAGAGCAACAUCUGGGGACAAACUUAACAACAAUAAAUUCUCACUCUGUAGCAUCAGAAAUAUAAGCCAAGUUCUUGAGAAGAAGAGAAACAACUGUUUUGUUGAAUCUGGCCAACCUAUUUGCGGAAAUGGAAUGGUGGAGCAAGGUGAAGAAUGUGAUUGUGGCUAUAGUGACCAGUGUAAAGAUGAUUGCUGCUAUGAUGCAAACCAGCCCGAGGGGAAAAAAUGCAAGCUAAAACCUGGAAAACAGUGCAGUCCAAGCCAAGGUCCAUGUUGUACAGCACAGUGUACAUUUAAGUCAAAAACUGAAAAGUGUCGGGAUGAUUCAGACUGUGCUAAAGAAGGAAUAUGUAAUGGAAUUACCGCUCUCUGCCCAGCAUCUGACCCUAAACCAAACUUUACAGACUGUAAUAGGCAUACACAAGUAUGCAUUAAUGGGCAAUGUGCAGGUUCUAUCUGUGAGAAAUAUGGCUUGGAGGAGUGUACCUGUGCCGGUUCUGAUAGCAAAGAUGAUAAGGAAUUAUGCCAUGUCUGCUGUAUGAAGAAGAUGGACCUAUCAACUUGUGCCAGUACAGGGUCUGUGCAGUGGAGCAAGCAUUUCAUGGGUCGAACCAUCACCCUGCAACCUGGAUCUCCUUGCAAUGAUUUUAGAGGCUACUGUGAUGUUUUCAUGCGGUGCAGAUUAGUAGAUGCUGAUGGUCCUUUAGCUAGGCUUAAAAAGGCAAUUUUCAGUCCAGAGCUGUAUGAAAACAUUGCUGAGUGGAUUGUGGAUAAUUGGUGGGCAGUAUUGCUUAUGGGAAUUGCCCUGAUCAUGUUAAUGGCUGGAUUUAUUAAGAUAUGCAGUGUUCAUACUCCGAGUAGUAAUCCAAAGUUACCUCCUCCUAAACCUCUUCCAGGCACUUUAAAGAGGAGGAGACCUCCACAGCCCAUUCAACAACCCCAGCGUCAGAGGCCCCGGGAGAGUUAUCAAAUGGGACACAUGAGACGUUAACUGCAGCUUUUGCCUUGGUUCUUCCUAGUGCCUACAAUGGGAAAACUUCACUCCAAAGAGACACCUAUUAAAUCAUCCCCAAACUAAACCCUCACAAAUAACAGUUGAAGAAAAAAUGGCAAGAGAUCAUGUCCUCAGACCAGGUGGAAUUACUUAAAUUUUAAAGCCUGAAAAUUCCAAUUUGGGGGUGGGGGGUGGAAAAGGAACCCAAUUUUCUUAUGGACAGAUAUUUUUAACCUAAUGGCACAAAAUGUUAGAAUAUUAUUAUGUGCCCUGUGUUCCCUGUUCUUCGUUGCUGCAUUUUCUUCACUUGCAGGCAAACUUGGCUCUCUAUAAACUUUUAUCACAAAUUGAAAUAUAUAUAUAUAUUUUUUUCAACUGCCAGUCAAGGCUAGGAGGCUCGACCACCUCAACAUUGGAGACAUCACUUGCCAAUGUACAUACCUUGUUAUAUGCAGACAUGUAUUUCUUACGUACACUGUACUUCUGUGUGCAAUUGUAAACAGAAAUUGCAAUAUGGAUGUUUCUUUGUAUUAUAAAAUUUUUCCGCUCUUAAUGAAAAAUUACUGUUUAAUUGACAUACUCAGGAUAACAGAGAAUGGUGGUAUUCAGUGGUCCAGGAUUCUAUAACGCUUUACACAGGCAGUUUUGAAAUGAGAAUCAAUUUCCCUUUCCCUUAUGAUGGAGUUGGUUCUGAUAUUCAUUUUGUCUUUAUCAAAUGGCUGCUAAGAGCACAUGAGUGACUACGCUGAAGAACACAGUUAAGUGUUGUGCAAACUGGACAUAUGCAGCAUACUACUUCAGAGUUAGUUCUUUAUGUAAGUGUCUGAUUUCUGCUUAUUUUAAACUUUCUAAUUCAAUUCCAUUUUUGAAUUGAUAGGUGACAUUUUAUUCAUGCUUCAGUAGAAAUUAUGUCAAUGAAAUGAUUCUUUUUAUUUGUAACCUCUUGCAUUUCCAUAUAUCUAAAGUAUGCUAAUUAUGUUUUUGGUUUUUGUCUGACACGGAAAAGAAAAGCUGUGUCUUUUAUCAAAAUAUAUGAACAAUUUUUUCAGCAUAUCAUCACUGAUCAUUGGUAACCACUAAAGAAGAGUGAUUUGCUCAACUAGUAGUUAAAAUUGUAGAUAGGCCGCCUGACAUUUUUCCCCCUAAAAUAUUUUAACAACAAUGGAGGUGAAACAGCACAAUGUCCCAUUCCAGAUUUAUUUUUUAAAUAGAUGUAAAUAAUUGGCUUUUUAAAGAAAGAAAGCAAAAGCAUUUAAUGUAUUAACAGGCUUGUUGCUAUGCAGGAAUGGAAGGGGGCAUUACAAGAAUAUUUUAAGCUUGUGACAUAUUUAUUGCUUCUGUUUUCCAACUACAUCACUUAAAUUAGACAUAAAUAGCUAUGAUUUUCCUGGCUUCAUGUAGGAGGCAAAUUUAGGGAAAGUUGAAAAAAUUUGUGUUUUGGCUUCUUUUUUUUCUUUUUUUCUUAAGAGUAUAAGGUUUACACAAUCAUUCUCAUAAUGUGACGCAAGCCAGCAAGGCCAAAAAUGCUAGAGAAAAUAAUGGGAUCUCUUCCUUGUAAACUUGUACAGUACGUGGUGACUUUUUUCAAAAUACAGCUUUUUGUACAUGAUUUAGAGACAAAUUUUGUACAUGAAACCCCAGAUAGACUAUAAAUAAUUCUAAACAAACAAGUAGGUAGCUAUGUAUGUAAUUGCUUUUAAAUCAUUUAAAUGCCUUUGUUUUUGGACUGUGCAAAGGUUGGAAGUGGAUUUGCAUUUCUAAAAUGGUGACUUAUUCUGCAAGAGUUCUUAGUAACUUCUUGAGUGUGGUAGACUUUGGAACAUGUACAUUUUUUGCUUGUAAUGUUAUCCUGUGGUAAGGUUUUGGCAGGUCUACACUGCCCUGUUUUCUUUUGAGUCUAAGUUAAAUGUUUUCUGAAAAGAGAUAUGUGCACUGAACUCUCCAUGGCAGAUCAAGAUGUGGUAAAACAACAGGAUCAAGACAAAUGAGAUCUAAUACUACUGUCAGUUUAAUGUCCACUGUGUUUUAUACAGUAUCUUUUUGUUCACUUUGGAAAUUUUUACUAAAAAUUGCAAAAAAUAAAGUAUUGUGCAAAGAUGUAAGGUUUUUUGAAACUUGAAAUGCAUUAAUAAAUAGACUUGAUGAAAUCAA